GCUGGCACAUGAGCCAGAUAUGAUUGGCUUCGAGUACAGGAUUAGGCGUACAUAGGCUUUAGCUGGAUCAUCGACAUCAUGACUUCAUCAGGCCUUUGUUUAGAACGAUGGCCCCGCGAUGGUCACCGUCUGCGGCCAAGGGGAGCUUCCUUAAAUGGAGGGUUUUCGUCCAGACUCCCAGCCGUUCCCGCUUGCUUAGAGUCGACUCCAAACAACACCUGUGAAACGCAUACUGAAUCGUACACCUAGGUAUCUAAUUCACCUUUAGCUACUUACCGAGGUAGUUGGCCAUAAUGCAGUAUAAGAAGGUUCUCCCUCUGGCGGUAGCCUCCAUAGUCUCUGCCCAAGACCCAAGCUUAACCGAUGCCCUUGGAUCUCAGAACUCAAGCUUAUCAUCUCUAAAUGAUCUUCUCUCGUCGAACCCUGAACUUGCUAACUCCUUCAACAACUUGAAGAAUGUCACCAUCCUGGCCCCUAGCAACGACGCCCUGGAUAGCCUCACGAAGGACAACGACACAUUAACGGAGUACACCAAAUCUGGAUAUCUACAAGCACUAUUGAACUACCACGUGUUGAACGGAACAUAUCACAACACAAGCUUUACGAAUGAAUCCGUCUUCAUCCACACGGCAUUAAGCAAUAGCACCUACAGCAAUGUAACUGGUGGCCAAGUCAUCGAGGCCCGACUCGACGGCGAUAAUGUCACAUUUUUCACCGCUUUGAAGCAGAACGCCUCUAUUGUCACACCUAACGUGAACUUUACCGGUGGCACGAUUCACAUUAUCGAUAGUCUUCUUCAUGUUCCCCAGAAUGUGUCAGACACGCUGUCGAAUUCCAACCUCACAGCAGCUGAGGGCGCUAUCAACACCGCCAACUUGACGGAUACCAUUAUCGACACACAUAACGUCACCAUCUUCGCGCCUAACAACGACGCUUUCGAAGCGAUCGGUAGCAUCAUCGGCAACCUCUCUUCGGAUGACUUGACCAGUAUAGUCGGUUACCACGUCAUCAACGGCUCCGUGAACUAUAGCACCGACCUGAAGAACUCGACGGCCAAUGCUGUCAACGGAGAGAAACUUACUAUAACAGUGAACAAUGGUACCAUCUGGGUGAACUCCGCCAAGGUCACUGUGCCCGAUAUCCUCCUAGCGAAUGGUGUCGUCCACGUUAUCGACGGGGUUUUGAAUCCCAACAACACCUCCGCAGCCCCUGAUACGACAGCUACGUCGGCCACAGCAGCAUUUAGCGGUGCUAGCUCCGGAACCGAAGGUGUUCCUUUCACUAGUGGAGUUACAACGCCUACCAGCACCUUCCCCGCUGCUACAUCAGCUGGCGGUUCGGCCGAGUCCAGCUCUUCAAAGGGCGCGGCUAUGCCUAUGAAGACUGGUGCCGUCGGCGCGGCUGCGCUGUUCGGCGGUGCAGCCGUCUUCGUGAAUAUGUAAUGAACUACAUUGGCAAUUGAAUAAGUGGAGAAAAAUGGGACGAUGUAAGACGAUUUUAUGAGUUUUACCAAAGGGUUAAGGGGCAAUGAUAAUAAGGGGUAUUCAUUUCACGUGU